AUGAAGUCUUUCAUUGCUGGCGCUGGUCUUCUGGGCCUGGUUGCUACAGCUCCAAACCCAGCUCCCGGUUACGGUGGUUCGCCCAAGGUCACAGUCAAGAAUGGUACCAUCGAAGGAUUGCACUCAGCUACCUACAAUGAGGAUUACUUCCUUGGUAUACCAUUCGCACAGCCGCCGGUAGAGGAUCUGAGAUUCCGCAACCCGCGAUCCAUCAACACGAGCUUUGACGGUGUGCUUCAGGCGAUUGAGUAUGCGCCAGCGUGUUACGGAUACGGAGGCGACCAAAUCGGCUACCCCCAGUCUGACGAUUGCCUGUAUCUGAACAUCGUCCGCCCGUCCGGGUAUGAGAAUGCAUCGUUGCCAAUUGGAGUGUGGAUCCACGGUGGAGGACUUUACCAAGGUUCAACAAGAGAUGAGCGCUACAAUCUCUCGUUCAUCGUCGAGAACAGCGUCAAAAUUGGCAAGCCCAUCAUUGGCGCAUCAAUUGCCUACCGCCUCGGACCUUGGGGAUUCUUGCAGUCACAGGAAGUCAGCGCAAGCGGCAACACCAACAUAGGUCUGCGUGACCAGCGGCUUGCUCUGCACUGGAUCAACGAGAACAUUGCUGCAUUCGGUGGAGACCCAAAGAAGGUGACUAUCUGGGGAGAAUCUGCCGGAGCGGGCUCGGUGGGAUGGCAUCUCACAGCGUAUAAUGGACGAGACGAUGGUAUCUUCCGCGCUGGUAUCAUGGAAUCGGGAAAUCCUGUGAACUACAACAGUUACAAGACGAACAUCGACUACCAGCCACGGUUCAACGAUUUGCUCAACAGGACGAACUGCACUACCUCACUUGACCGACUCGACUGCCUUCGUAAGGUGCCAGUCCAAACAAUCCAGAACAUCUUCAACUCGACAUCUUUGCAGAGCGGUUGGAGUCCGAUCGUUGAUGGAGAUUUCAUCCAGAGAUGGGGCAGCAUCCAGCUUCAGGAGGGUGCCUUCGUCAAAGUUCCAAUCAUUGACGGUGCCAAUUCCGAUGAAGGCAACUCCUUCGCGCCUCAACCUGUUAGUAGCGAGGAAGACUUUGCCUCGUUUAUCGCCAACACCAGUCUGAGCAACCCUCUGCCGGAAUGGUGGGUAGCAGAAACGCUCAAGGCAUACCCCAACGAACCAGCAUACUGGGUCCCUUCAGUGGCAGAGCUUGGCAACUACACCUACCCAGAGUCUUAUGGCGCCCAGUACAGGCGGGCUUCUGCCUACUUUGGAGAUGUCUACUUCCACGCCAACCGCCGUGGUGCUGUCGAAACUUGGGCAGCGCACGAUCUGCACGCAUACUCAUACCGAUUCAACACCAGGCCUGCUGGCUACGAAUGGAACCAAGGUGUCAUGCAUUUUGUUGAAGUCGCCUUCGUCUUUGACAACACCCAAGGGCUGGGAUAUGACGAGGAGCACGGCACGGUCAACCCUUUCCUCGACAAGCCGAAGAGCUACUACGAUCUUGCCGAUCUCAUGAGCAAGUCUUGGACUUCUUUCAUCCAUGAUCUGGACCCUAACUAUGCUGGGAAGAACGCCUCAUCUCCUGCAUGGCCGAGGUACGACCUAAAGAAUCGGCAGAACAUCGUCUUUGACGCCAAUGUUACUGGGGUUGCUUGUGGAGAGCCGGAUACGUACAGAGAGAAGGGCAUUAGAUUCAUUCUCGAUCACUCUCUUGCUUACAGGAGAUGA